AUGGCCGAGUUCCUGCCCCUCUGCGACGUGCUGUUCAACGUGAUCUCGCUGGCCGGUUACUUCUGCGACGUCGUGUUUGACCUGGUCCUCGGGUACGCGCUCUACGAGCGCCAGAAGUUUACGUACUUCACCGCCGUCAUCGUGAUCGUGUCCUUUUCACUCAUCAUCUCGCAAGUCGUUUCCAUCCGGUGGUAUCUGAAUAAGCGCAAAAUACGGAAUGCGACGGCCUCGACGGCAGGUCCGCCCGGGUCGGACCCGGGCACCGUUGGUACCGAUCCGCCGUUGGCCAACAGUCUAGAGAAGAAGAAGAAAAAGCCCGCCGCGGGUCUGCGCGGGUUGGCAGCCGGUAGGACCGAUCGGUCGCAGUACUACGGGCGCUACAUCGUAUUCGCCCUGCACGUCAGUCAGCUCGGGGUGCUGUGGCGGUACGCCAAACUGUUUGUGCCGGUCGAUCUGCGGCACGUGAAGCACGAGGUGCGCGACCUGUGCAUGCUCCGGUUGGUGCAUGCGUUCUGCGAGGCGGCCCCGAUGCUGCUGCUACAGCUGUACGUGCUGGUGAACCUGCAGAGCGAGGCGCAGCUGAGCAGCCUGAAGCUGAAAAGUCUCGCCGGCGGCGGGCACCACUUGCCGUCGGCGGCCAGCACGGCCCUCGUCCAGCAGACCAGCCUGGUCGAGCAACAGCAGAAAACGUUCCGCGAUCUCAACAUGGUGUCCGCCACGCUGUCGCUGUUCAGCGUCUGCUGGGCGCUGGCCAGCUUCAGCAAGAACGUGCGCCUCCGCCACGUGCACCGGCUCGUGCUGACCUGGCUCGGGGUGAUCUUCCAGUUCCUCUGGCGGCUCGGCACCGUGAUCUCGCGCGUCAUCUCCCUCACGGUGUACGCCUCCGUCUACAGCCACUGGGUGUUCCUGGUGAUCAUUCUGCACUGGUUCUCCAUGUUCCUGUGGUUAAUCUCGCCGAAGAACGUGUUCCACGGCGAGCGCAUCUCGCGCCUGAAGAAAACCACCCUCGGUGGGCUCAUUGCGUUCGUCUACAUCUUCGCUUACAUCAACCUGCAGGAAGUGCGCCACCGGCAGAAGAUGCUCACGUUCUACGUGGUGAUGUUCAUGGAAAACUGCCUGCUGGUGUGCCUGUGGAUGGUCGGCGUGUGGCCGAACCGGCCCGAGGGCUGGUAUAUGGUACCGGUGUCGGUGCUGUGCAGCUUCGCGGCCGGCCUCUUCUUCAUGGUCGUGUACUACCGCUACUUCCACGUGCGCCGCCUCGGCUACGAGGCCGGCGGCCGGCUGGCGGAGAAGUGCUCCGCCCACUGCCCCGACGGCUGCCGGUGUCCGAUCAGUCACGACGGCAGCGGCGGUGGACCGGUUGGUGCUGGGUAUCCUGGUGGUGGUGGCGGCGGUGUCGGUGGUUUUGGAGGAGGAAAAACGGGACUGGCUGGUGGUGGCGGUGGCUUCGCGGCGGGCCAGAAGUAUCCGCACGCCAUACCGGGAGUCUUCAACUGUCGCUUCUCGAACCCGGUCAACGCGGCCACCAAGCGGAAGAAGAAAAAGCCGACUACCUUCGUGCCGCCCCCGAACCUGGCGAUCGCCGCCCAGAACGGGGUUCCGGCGGGCGGGCCCGGAGCGGCCUCGUCGGCGGUCGGCGAUCAGUACGCCCCGCAGCACCACCACCAGCAACAGUUCCAGCAGCACCAGUUGUUUCUUCCGGAGCCGAGCCGGGCCCCACACCUCGGGCCGAUGGCCAUCCCGUUCUGGAGGCGACCGCUGCCGCGCUCGCACACGGGUGGCUCGAGCGAGAACGAGGGCAGCAGUGUCGGGUCGCGCGUGAACAUCCAGCAGAAGCUGCUCGAGAAGAAACAGAAGCAGCUGGCCGAGCUGAAGAUCAUCGAGGAGGAGAUCAAGCAGGGCAAGCUGGGGGGGCCCGGUGGCACCGGGACGCUCAGCUCGGGCGACGACGGCAAGACGACGCUGCCACGGCAGCCGAUACCGCGCGCCAAGAAGCACAUUGACCUCGAUCCGAUCGAGUGGCGCACCUCCAGCCCGGACAUGGCGGAGAUCGUGGCGAACAAGUCGUUCAACGACCUCAACCUGCUGCUGGCCGCCAACCUGGACGACGUGAACGGGCUGGGCAAGUUCAGUAGCAACUACGAUCCGAUCUACAAUAGCUUCGGCCUGAACGGGAUCAACAUCUCGGCCCUGGUGAACCUGAAGGGUUCCGGAGGGGGCGGUGGGGGACCCGCUGUGUCAUCUGGCUGUGCGCUUGCAGGUGACGGCGUGCGGGAAGCCGGGCAGCCGUCGGGGCAGGGCAUCGCCCCGGGAGGGCCGGCCAAUCGCAACAUGUCCCCGAUAUCGUCCCAAAUCUCGGCCACCGAAAGCAACUCCCUGACCCGGCAGAUCCUGCCACGGGCCAAGAUUCUCCCGAACAACAUCCCCCGGAACCCGUUCGCGGAGAACUAUCGGGGUAACUUCGUGAGCCUGUACGCCGAUGCAGCGGCCAACACGGUCGGGCCGGGUGGAGCGGCCGGCACGACCGGAGCACCGGGCAAUCCGGUCCGGGCGCCCUCGAUCAGCCCCCGGACGACGGAGAUCGCCCAGUCGAACCGGGCGAUCCUUUACGAUGCGCACGGUCGGCUGUAUGCCGACGCAAACCAUCCGCGGCAGGUGUCGGGCACGUACAGCAACACGGACAACGCGGGUCCUCACGACAGCCUGCCGUUCCCGUACAACGUGGUACCGCCGCCGCGGAGCAAACUGGACAGCCGCGGCACCCCCAGCACGCCGGUCCAAUCCGGGUCGGCCAGCGGCAGUGCGAACAACACGAACAGCAGCAACAAAUCGGGCCGGACAGCCACGACCGCUACGGUGGCGGUGGCCAGCGUACUCGGGAGCGCGAGUGGCCCCGCGGGUCCCACUGCCGCCGGUGGUGGUAUCGGAGCGAUCAACAACCUCAACACCAGUACGAAGCGCCAAAACAUGCAGCGAUCCAAGACGCCCGAGAUUCUGCUGGCCCCGCACUACCUGGAGAACUCGCGCAUCUACUUCGACUGGGUCGCCCGGGAGGCGGCUAAUUUUCGGUUGCAGGACACGGAACGCGACCACCCGGUGGAAAGCAGUGGCGACGAAAAUCUGGACAACUCCGCGUGUGACGAUGGACACAACGGGCACCACCGGAUACCGUCCGAUAUCGACAGCCAGGUAUCACUGCCCCGGUCUUACACGCUGCCUCGCGAGUUCAAGUACUACCGCCGGAACAAGGGCCGCAAGGUGAAGAACGAACACUUCAUCGCCAGCACCAACAGUAGCGACGGGGACGUUGACAGUGGCGACGACAACGAGUCCGAGCGGCUGUCGAACCUGUCCUCCAGCUCCCAGCGGCGACAGAAGAAUGGUACCCCGUGCUCGAAUCUGGCCGGCCCGCGCAUGAACAAUCUGAACAAAUCGGGUGCCGCCAUCUUGUCCGGGCCGGCGGUCUUGAAGGACGUUGGACCGGGCCAUCCGUACGGUGCCGGUGGAUCCCCCAGUGCCACGAUGCUACCGAACGGAUGCCGCCAGUCCCUGAACCCUACGCCCCAGAACCUGCAUCCGGCGCCGUCGGUAGGGAGUGCCGGGAUUGGAAACGGGGCCGCCUAUAACCUGCGCUCCGGGAGCCCCGCGGCACUGGCGGUGAAGGCCGCGGUGCACAGCCUGGAUCUGAUCAGUGGUGUCGAGGCGCUGGGCGGUGCCGGCGGUGGAGCAGCCCCGUACCACGCCAGCGGACGACCGAUGCGCUUCCGGAUGUACGGCACCAAGAACGGGAUGGUGCGGCACGAGACGAAGCUCUAG